AUGGACCGCGGAGCUGCCGCGGCCCAGGGCACUGCCCCGCCUCAGGAUGGAGAGCAGCCCGCGGAGUCUCCAGAGCCACCGCCGCCGUGGCCGCCGCCGCAGCCGCCGCCACGGCCGCCGGCUCCUGCGCUGCUCCAUGCACCUUCGCCAGAACCGGCACCACAGCUCGGUCCAGAGCCUUCUCCAGAACACUGUCCGAAGGCGACCCCAGAACCAGCCACAGAAUUCGACACAGAAACGGUCUCAGAACCCGAUACAGAACCGGCCCCAGGGCUGGCUCCAGAACCAGCCACAGAACUCGACAAAGAACCGAUCUCAGAACCAGCCACGGAGCCGGCCCUCGAACCGGCUCCGGAACCAGCCACAGAACCAGCCACAGAACCGGCCUUUGAGCCGACCCCAGUACCAGCCACAGAUCCGGCCCCCAAGCCGGUCCUAGAACCAGCCCCAGAACCAGCCAUAGAGUCCUGCCCUGAGCCGGCUCCAAAGUCCCGUACGGAGCUGAGCCCAGCACCACGUCUAUUGCAGUGUCCGGUGGUCGCUCCAGAGAGGGGUCUAAAGACCUCAUCAUCGCCCAGAACACCAGUGCUGUUCUCCAGUAUAAAGAAAAUACUGAAGGAAGGACCUUUGCUGAAGAACUGUAAUUCCUUCAAGAGAUGGAAGCUUAGGUAUUUUCUGGUUCGAGGACAAAGGCUCUGUUUUGCACACCAUCCCGCGUUUGCACGCUUUGAAACAAUUGAUCUAUCUCAGGUUGCCUUGGCAGAAAGCAGCUGUAGAAAUCUUUGUCAUAGUUUUUGUGUGAUCACACCACAACGAAAAGUUACCCUGGCUGCACCCAACCGGAAAGACAUGGAAGAAUGGAUUAAUGUCAUAAAAACUGUCCAACAGGGAGAAAUUCGUAAGAUACCUGCAGCAGAAAACAACCCUUUUCUUACUGGAAUGCACUAUUGGUACUCCAGUCACAGCUCCCGGACCCAGCACUGCAAUGUCUGUCGGGAGAGCAUUCCUGCCUUAUCUAGAAAUGUUAUCAUCUGUGAAGUGUGCAAAGUAAAGUCUCACAAAUUAUGUGCUUUGAGAGCAAGCAAAGACUGCAAAUGGAAUACUUUGUCUAUCACUGAUGACCUCUUCAUGCCUGCUGAUGAAGUAACUAUGCCUCAUCAGUGGGUAGAAGGAAACAUAUCUGUCAGUUCUCAGUGUGCAGUAUGUCAUGAGAACUGUGGCAGUUACCAAAGACUUCAAGAUUUCCGAUGUCUCUGGUGUAAUUCUACGGUGCAUGAUGACUGCCGGGGACGGUUUUCCAAGGAAUGCUGGUUUGGAAGUCAUCGAACAUCAGUCAUUCCUCCCACUGCCCUCAGCGACCCUAAAGGAGAUGGCCAAUUAGUAGUGUCUUCAGACUUCUGGAACCUCGAUUGGUCAUCAGCCUGUUCAUGUCCCCUUCUCAUCUUCAUCAACUCCAAAAGCGGCGAUCACCAAGGGAUCGUCUUCCUCCGAAAAUUCAAGCAGUACCUUAACCCGUCUCAAGUUUUUGACCUGUCGAAGGGUGGACCUGAAGCCGGGCUAUGCAUGUUCAAGAAUUUUUCUCGCUUUCGCAUUGUGGUUUGUGGUGGAGAUGGCAGUGUGAGCUGGGUCUUAUCUCUGAUUGACACCUUUGGAUUACAUGAAAAGUGUCAGUUGGCAGUCAUCCCACUUGGAACUGGCAAUGAUCUGGCCCGUGUCCUAGGCUGGGGUGCAUUCUGGAACAAAAACAAGUCACCUAUUACCAUACUCAACAGAGUGGAGCAGGCUAGUGUGAGGAUUCUAGACAGAUGGAGUGUGAUGAUCCGUGAGACUCCAAGACAAACCCCAUUGCUAAGAGGACAGGUUGAAAUGGAUGUACCCCGAUUUGAGGCUGCUGCCAUCCAACAUCUAGAAUCCGCAACCACUGAGCUGAACAAAAUCCUGAAGGCCAAGUACCCUACAGAGAUGAUCAUCGCAACAAGAUUCCUGUGUUCAGCAGUGGAAGAUUUUGUGGUGGAUAUUGUAAAGGCUUGGAGUCAGAUAAAACAGAACAAUACAGCUAUAGAAUCUGUGAUUUUGAAAGUAAGUUUCCAUUCCUUUUAUCUUCCAUGCUUUGGCAGGAGGAAAGGCAGGCAGGGGACCAUAUCUUCUCCUGUGUCUUCCAAGUCUGAGCUGUUAUCAGAAUCAAGGAAAAGCAACAAACUGAGUAGCCGCUUUAAGAACAAGAUGUGGUAUGGCCUUCUGGGGAGCAAGGAACUUUUCCAUCGCUCUUACAGGAAACUAGAAGAACGAGUACACCUGGAGUGUGAUGGAGAAGCUAUCUCCUUGCCAAACCUGCAGGGCAUUGUAGUGCUCAACAUUACCAGCUAUGCUGGAGGUGUCAACUUUUGGGGAAGCAGCGCAGCAACUGCAGAAUAUGAGGCUCCUGCAAUAGAUGAUGGGAAGCUGGAGGUAGUGGCUAUCUUUGGUUCUGUACAAAUGGCAAUGUCCCGUAUCAUUAACCUGCAUCAUCAUCGCAUCGCCCAGUGCCAUGAGGUGAUGAUAACCAUUGAUGGUGAAGAAGGUAUCCCAGUGCAGGUGGAUGGAGAGGCCUGGAUUCAGAGGCCAGGCCUUAUCAAGAUUAGAUACAAGAAUGCUGCCCAAAUGUUGACCAGAGAUCGGGACUUUGAGAACUCAAUGAAAAUGUGGGAGUGCAAGCAUGGUGAAAUUCAAGCUGCCUCUCAACCUCAUCUGGACUCCCAGGAAUCUCAGGAUAGCCUCUCUGAUGAGGAAUAUGCCCAAAUGCAGCACUUAGCUCGACUUGCAGAAAACCUCAUCAGCAGACUUACUGACCUGAGUAAGGUCCACCAGCAUGUGUCUGUUCUCAUGGAUUCUGUGAAUGCCAGUGCUAACAUCCUGAAUGAUAUAUUUUACAGCCAGGAUAGUGGCAAUGAGGCAGGUGCAGCUUCCUGCAUUCCCAAUGAGACUCUAAGCAGAAAUGAUGCAGUAGAUGUUACAUUUAGUCUUAAAGGGCUCUACAAUGACACCAAAGCUUUCCUGGAUGAAAAAUUGCUGAGAAAUGCUGAGGAUGAGGCCACACUUCAAACUGCCCUGGAAACCAUGAAUAAGGAGCUUGAAAAGCUAUCUGAGAUUGACUGGAUGAAUUCAAUCCUUGUUUCAGAGGAAAAAUCUUCAGACACUGACAGUAGAAGCACCAGAAUGAAAGUUAAGUUCCCCAAGUUGGGGAAGAAGAAGCUAGAAGAGGAAGAUAAGCCUAAAUCAGGCCAAGGAGUCCAGGGUUUUAUUGGACGUUUGUGGCAUCACCGAAGUCAUGAAGAUAAAGCAAAAGAUGAUGAUCCUCCAACAUAAUCAAUUCAACUGUAGUCCUUAAAAGCUGGAAGGAGAACUCACAAUGUUUGGAAUUCCACUACAAAACUCUGAAAACCUCACUAUAGGCUAGACUAAAUUAUUUCAGAAUAAACAUGAGCACCACCAAGAAAGAUCGUCCAAUUCUUCACACUAAUAUGAUUUUCCUGGACUCAAUCCGGUCUCCUUAGAGGUUUACAUUUUCUCA